AUGUCUUCGUCGUGUUCUUCGAUUUCGUCUUCUUCUUCAUCCAAAGCACAGGCCAAGAGAAAAACCGGGUUCGAGAGGAGACAACUCACUGUGAUGAAGAAAGCCCAAGAGCUCGCCACUCUCUGCGACGUCGAGGUCGCCGUUAUCUGCUACGGACCGGACGGAGAGAUUCAGACAUGGCCGAGGGAGAUGUCGAAGGUGAAGGAAGUGGCCGAGAAGUACAAGAAACUGAGCAGCGCCGACAAAGGAAAGAAAAACCUCACUCUUCACCAGUUUCUGGGUAAGAUCAAGAAGGAAGAAGACGAUAAGAAGAAGAAGAUGAAGACGGGUCACGACCUCGACAGAUACACUGCCGAGGAAUUGGCGGUGCUCUUUGAUUCCUUGGAUCACAAGUCACAGAAUCUGCAGGAACGGCGUCAGUUUCUCCACUCGCAAAAACGAAUGACUGCAGAUCUGUCCGAGACGAAGAACGACCAGUUUUCCGUAAAUCAAGAAACCAAGAAACCGGAAUCCGAUCUCUCGCUGGUCCCGUUCGAGCAACAAGCGGCGGAAUCCGUUCAUCUCCAAGAAACCCUAACUUACGGAUCGUUCAACAGUGUCGGCCACGGCUCUGGUCCUCCUCAUUACGGCAACUUCGGUCCGGCCAUUAACCAGGCUCCGACUCCAUUGGCGUGCUACCCAAACUUCGCAACGAACGGAGAAUGGGCGUAUAAUUUCGAUUUUCCGGGAACCCAGAUGGGCAACCAGAUGAGCCGAAACGACAGCAUGAUGAACAUGAUGAAUAUUGGAGAUUACUCGAGGUUUCUUGCGCCACAAGCGUACCAGAACCAUGCGUUUCAGCAUCCGAGUGGCUUCAUCCCUAACAACAUCGGUUUUCAGACACCGCUUCCGCAGAUUCAGACACCAACUCCUACUCUCCAACAAUUCGAUCCGUUAUCGGCUUGGAAUCCAACCCCUUCUGCAGUUUCAAGAAUGUUCUCUAGGUUUUAA